AUGGUAGAAGUGAAGAAUACUACUUGGGCAGAGAAUGCGUAUGCUGUUCUACCAGAAACCGCAAGCAUUGAAGAUUGCAAGUUACAUUGCCUCUCUGAUUGUGCCUGCGAGAUUUCUAUGUUUAGUGACUCCUAUUGCUCAAAACUGAUGGUUCCAAUUAGGUAUGGCAGGAAUUCUGGUUCCAACAGCACACUAUUUGUGAAGGUCUACACCUACCAUGCCAUCCAAAAGAAUAAAAUUGCUGGAGCAGGUGCCAUGUUUAUCUCAGGUGUUUCCUUGGUCGUCCUCUCACUGGUUGUGCUCUCUGGAUCUGUGCUUCUUAUCUGCAGAUAUAAACCAUCUUUGAGGUACAUGAGGGCACCACAACUGGAGGAUUACAUGGUUGAUGGGGACAGCGUUGGCCUGCAAUCCUAUUCUUUUGGGGACAUAGAUGUGGCCACGAAUGGAUUUUCCCAAGUGCUUGGUAGGGGUGCUUACGGUACAGUGUUCAAGGGUGUCCUGGCCAACAUGAACAAGGAGAUUGCAGUGAAGAGGCUCGAGAAGAUGGCUGAAGAUGAGCAGAGAGAAUUUCAUAGGGAGGUGCGUGCAAUUGCAAGAACACACCACCGGAACCUGCUGCGCUUGCUUGGUUUCUGUAUUGAGGGCACGUGCCGCCUGCUUGUGUACGAGUAUAUGCCGAACGGAUCCCUUGCAAGCCUCCUUUUCAACUCAGAUGCACCGCCUAGCUGGAGCAAGAGGGUUGCGAUUGCACUAGAUGUUGCAAGGGGGCUGCAGUACCUGCAUGAAGAGAUACAGAACCCGAUAAUCCACUGCGACAUCAAGCCGGAAAACAUACUCAUCGACAGUUCAGGGAUAGCCAAGAUUGCUGACUUUGGGCUUGCAAAGCUACUGAUUGGGAACCAGAGCAACACACUCACCGGCGUCCGAGGCAUGAGAGGCUAUCUCGCACAAGAAUAGAGCAAGAACACAGCGAUCAGCGUGAAGGUCGACAUGUACAGCUAUGGCAUCAUGCUCCUUGAGCUCAUAAGCUGUAAGAGGAGCGUGGAAUUGAAGCGGGACGGGAACGAGUACAACAUUUCUGAAUGGGCCUAUGAGUGCGUGAUGUUCAGUGAAACAAAGGAAGUGAAAUAAUAAAGUAUUUUAGCAGCCUGUACCAACAGACCGGUGGUUUCGAAAAAAGACCUUUUAAACACUAAACCUGUCUUUUUUGCGCAUGAUUCUGGAAUGAUCUCUUUUUCUCAUGGAAAGUUACAGGUGUACAGAGUGACAUUUCUUCAGAUUUUCUUCACAAUAGGAAACUAGUUUUUAUUUUUUUCAGGGGGUACAUGCUG